GUAACUUCCAAUAUUCCAUUUUCGUUUUGCCAGGCUUCCUGCCCGAUCUGGCGCACAUUGACGCGCAGGUUUACCGUUUGUGUCGGUGAUAAUUGAUUUGGCUAAUCAUUUUAUCAUACGACUUGCCCGCGUCUGGCUCAGCUUGCAAGCUCUGACUAGGGUAAAGAUCGCGCUUUCCCGAGCUACUGCAAAGACCGACGGGCGUGCUUUGACGAAGUAAGCGAGUGAGGCGCUUGCCGCGCCGCUGCACGCCGGAGCAGCCACACGUUCCCCAGGGCGGAACGGCCGCGUGGAGCAACCCGGCAGCUGUCGGGGGCGGCCUCCUGUAGCAGCAACAGCAGUAGCAGCGGCCUUCAGCAGCAGCACCAGUCGGCAGCAGCAGUGGGCAGCAGGAAGCAGAGGCGCGGCCAUGGCCUCGGUGCUGCGCAUCGAGAUUGAUGAGCUCAAAAACGCGAUCAAGCAUCUGGAGCGCAGCAACCGAGAGCUGCAGACGCUGCUGGAAUUUGAUCCGGAUCCGGAGUACCGCCAGGCUAUCGGCGAGAACAUUGUGACCAUGGCGAAGAAACGCGCGCGUGUGGCGGCGCUGGAGGAGGAGCUGCGUCGCAUCACUGGAGAGGCCCCGGCGGAGGAGCCGGAAGCUGUGGAGCCGGAGGCGGUGCCUGUGGAGGAUGGGCCUGAGGAGCACGCGGUGCAGAGCCGUCCGGCACAGCAGGGGCCAGGGCCACAGGCCCAAGCAGAGGCGAUGGAUGUGGAUGCGGCUGGUGGCGAGCCGGCAGGGGCAGCCGCAGGGACCGGGUCUGAGGCAGCGGCAGCAGGGGCCGUGGCGGCAGGGCAAGGGACAGGGCAAGGCAGCGGCGCAGGAACAGUGGAGAGCGGGAGGUCGGCUGGAGGUGGCGAUGGGGUGUGGCUCUGAUGUGUUAGGAAAGCAAGCGGAGGAAUGGUUUGAUAAACUGCGUGCGAAGUAUGAUGUACGAGCAAGCAAUGUGCCACGGUCGGUGUGAAGCGCAUACCGGCCCGAAUGUGUGGCGAUCAGCGCGGCGCUGCUGGGUUUGCCACCUCGGAAAUGCAACCGAUAGAACGCAGGAUGCAGGGUGGCAGAUCAACGAGCUAGGCAACCAGAUGUAAGCGCGUUUGUUGCGGGAGUUGGGCCGCUCACGUCUCUCUGAAUGAUGGCGCAGUGUUCAAAGCUGGCGCGCGCCACGAGUACAGCCGUGAACGCCAUUCGUAGGGUCAAUGCGUUGUUCAACACAGACAUGGACUUGUGGUAGCCCUCGGCGUGCGAAGGGCCGAAGGCCUUGCGGCACUUUAACUCACAA